AAAUCCCAACCACAAGGAUUUUUGGUGGAGACGCCUGCCAGUCUGGAUUUCAUUAUAAAUUCUUGUCUGUUUCUUAGUUAAUUAUUGAAAAAUUUCACAACUUUCAUCCAAUUUUUCAGGUAGUACUACAUCAUAACACGUAUUUUGAAACAACACUUCAAUUUGAUGAUAUAUACCACAACCGUUUUCGAUAGGAUAGAAGAUUAUUGGAAGAAAACUAACGCUCAACAACCACGAUCCGGCAGCAGUCGACUUGGAAAAAGGAAAAAUCCACUAGUUUCGGCGUACAUUAACACAACUUGCACUUCAACUGGAUUGCGGUGUACGAAAAUUUGCACACAAGCAGAUGGAAAUAUCAGAAGUAGAAGUUACGUUAUGACGUUCGUGGCCAGUGUUAGUCAGUUGUAUCUGGUAAAAGAGCAUUGUCAUGGAUAUAAUUGUCUGAUCGAAACGAUACGAGUGACUGCGUUAAAACUGAGCAAAGUGGACGGCGCGGAAGCGUCGCGUCGACAAGAAGCAGGCUGAAGGUAACAGAAGAGGUAGAGCAGUAGUGGUGGUAGUAAAUAAGCUGUGACAACAAGAAGGAUCGCGUGGUAAAGAGAUGAAAUUGAGAGUGAAGUGGAAAUUAGCCAAACCGACCGAAUAAUAUCCGUGGAUACGACGCGUUGUGGUGUCGGUAACACCAACCACGUGCUCAUCAGAAACUUCUUUUCACAUCUUGAAAACGACGCGCACCGACGACUCGAUAUGGCCCGGUGCCGACGUCGCCCCCUCCAUGUCUUCGGUAACGCCCCUUGGCCUAUCGUGACCCGAGUGUGAACCGGGGACCUCCCCGGCCCGCCCAGGCCAAGUCGGUGUCGGACGCGAGACCAAAAGGUCACUAGUAGAGGCUAGAGAGUACUGAGGGGAUGACCUAUCACCUCGGUCGCCACUGUACGUGCUCCUCUUGAGUCGUCCGUCUUCCGAUCUCCGGAAAUUUUCUUGAAAGUGACGACCUCGUCUCCGUGGCUCACGACGAGUGGCCAAAGCAUGUGAUAGCGGUCUCCACCAGCUGCUGACGAUGGCCCUUGUUGCAAGCUCUUGGCGAGAGUCCCCGCUAGUCAACCCGAUCCCGACCAGCUUGAACUCGCUGACCGGCGCGCUGAACCCGUUGCAGAACGCUCUUCCUUCGUCGUUGCCGACCAACAUCAACCCCAUCUCGGCAUUACCGGCAGACAACCCUGCCGAACUGCCCAUCGUUAAUCGGCAAACGCCGUCACAAAAUUCGCAAAAUAGUGCCAAUAGUGCCGAGAAAAACCAAAACAUUGAGUGUGUGGUUUGUGGUGACAAAAGUUCCGGGAAACACUACGGACAGUUUACGUGCGAAGGAUGUAAAUCAUUUUUCAAACGAAGUGUUAGAAGGAACUUAACGUAUUCGUGUAGGGGUAGUAGGAACUGUCCUAUUGACCAACAUCAUAGAAAUCAGUGUCAAUACUGUCGACUCAAAAAAUGUGUGAAAAUGGGAAUGAGAAGAGAAGGUAAGACACUUGCAGCCGUCCAACGAGGGAGAGUGCCUCCAUCCCAGCCAGCUCUACCAGGCAUUCCAAAUCAGUUCCUUACUGGUGGCGACUCAGUUGCCACAAGUCUCAGUAAUCAUUCAUACCUCAGCAGUUAUAUAUCUUUACUCCUUAGGGCAGAGCCUUAUCCCACGAGUCGGUAUGGCCAAUGUAUUCAAGCAAAUAAUAUCAUGGGCAUUGAUAAUAUUUGCGAACUUGCCGCGAGAUUAUUAUUUUCUGCGGUAGAAUGGGCUCGAAAUAUACCCUUCUUUCCCGAUCUACAAGUUACCGAUCAGGUAGCCCUUUUACGGUUGGUAUGGUCAGAACUGUUUGUACUAAAUGCAAGUCAAUGUUCAAUGCCGCUUCAUGUAGCACCACUAAUAGCUGCAGCAGGUCUUCAUGCGUCACCCAUGUGUGCUGAUAGGGUCGUGCAAUUCAUGGAUCAUAUUAGGAUAUUCCAGGAACAAGUGGAAAAGCUUAAAGCCCUCCACGUGGAUUCCGCCGAAUAUUCCUGCUUGAAAGCAAUAGUCCUUUUUACUACUGAUGCAUGUGGCCUGAGCGAUGUGUCCCAUAUAGAAUCCCUCCAGGAAAAAUCUCAGUGUGCUCUCGAAGAAUAUUGUCGUACUCAGUAUCCAAAUCAGCCAACGAGGUUCGGAAAACUCCUGCUGAGACUACCGAGUUUGCGAACAGUAUCGUCGGCAGUUAUAGAGCAAUUGUUUUUUGUUCGUCUAGUAGGUAAAACCCCAAUAGAAACCCUAAUUAGAGAUAUGCUUCUAUCGGGAAGCUCAUUUUCCUGGCCAUACAUGUGAUACUUGAAGCUAUACUAGAAUAUCCUAGUCAAAAAAAAAA